AUACACAGGGUCAGAUAGACCACUCUACCCACCAUUGCUGGACUCAUUGCCCUGUUCCAUUCUUCUUCCCACCGUCACCUUCAGACAUCUCCAGAGCUAUACGCUCCAACACCCCAACAUGGCGGUCGACACCACCGCAGCUCUAAUCCAGACUCUAACCACCGCUCUUGAAGCGACAACGGCCGCUCUCCCACAACAGCAAGACCUGAUCCAACCUGAAGGCAUAUCUUUAUUCGACACAAAGAACGACCUACUUCUCUCCUAUCUUCAGAACCUUGUCUUCCUCAUCGUCCUCCGCCUCCGUCAACCUGACGAAACCUCGUCAGAUGAUCUCCUCCACCAGGUGAUAUCGAAGCUGGUGCAGCAAAGAGUCUAUCUCGAAAGAGGCGUGCGCCCAUUACAAGGAAAAUUGAAAUACCAAGUCGACAAAGUCGUUCGAGCAGCCGAAGAAGCUCAACGUCGCGUCAACCAAAAAACUGCUCAACAAUCCGUCGCCGAGUCUGCACCCAAUGGAGAUGAUGCGAGCGAUUCAGACGACUCGGAUGCCGACUCAGACGACCCAACAACGCUUAAGCGCAAGCCAUCUCCACCUACAGAAGAAACCUCUCAUGGUCCUAGACCGGGCUCGAUGCGCGUCGCUGGAGCAUCAAAGGCUACUGGCACCUCCCGCUCCGCCGACAAAUCCACUGUCACAGGAGCAUACAAACCACCACGAAAUAAUCCUACACUCAUGCCCGAAGACCGGCCUAAUCGUGAACGGGACCAGUCAGCACGGAAACGACGGUCCAAGCUACUCGACGAGUACAUUGACGAGGAAGUGUCGACGGCGCCACAAUCACAACCUUCAAUCGGCGCUGGCGGUACCAUCACGCAACAAGGCCGUGGCGCCAUGUCUAGCCGGGAACGGGAACGGGAACGAGAGAGGACAGACUAUGAAGAACGCAACUUUGUACGUCUGCCGGCUAUGACCAAGGCCGAGCGAAAGAAAGAAAAGGCACGGACUAUGAAUGACAAGAGAGAUCUGUUUGGUGGAGAAGAUUGGACUGGACUGGGUGGGCUCGGUGAUCGAAUCAAUCGUACCGUCGCUGGCAAAGGUCGUGCUGCAGAUGGGCCGGGACUCUUUGAGAGAAGAGAUAAGAGGAGACGGGAAACUAUUGAUGGACCCAGAGGUGAUGGUGCUGCGGGUCCUGGUAUUGGAGAUACUUUUGAGAAAAGAAGAAAGAUUCUCCAGGGAAGAGCAGACAAGAAGAACAGGCGUAGGGCUUGA